UCAUGCAUGUAACUGCUUCCUAAUUACACCCGGAGUCACAUCGUAGCUCGCACUGCACUCGAGGCUCGUUAGUCGGGGCUCGCACCCGGAGUUUGGAUUCGGGGCGACCCAGGUGGCACAGCCUCUCUGGUCGUGUGACAAUGGUCGCUGCACCGGCUGUCCAGCCCAUGGGGCUGGCAGCACUGCUUCCAUCAACGGAUUCGCUUGCGGGCACGUCGGGACGGGAGGCGCUGGGCUACGUGGCCGCGGCCACGGUUGUAGCUGUUGCUAGCGGCCCGCUUGCUACUAUCGCUUAUCGGGGAGGUAGCCGGGCUGCGCUGCUGGGCCGGGCGGCCGCGACCGCUGCCGCGCCCGCUGCGCUCUACGCAUGGGGUCCCGCGAACUUCACUGCGCGCGCCCUCGCGCCGGCGGUGUCCAGCGCUGGGGCGGGUGCAACCUUGGAACCGCUCAAUAUGCUGGACGACGUCAAGUACGUACUGAGCUACUACCACCCCAUCAACAUUAUCAAAAUCCUGGCAAAGAACCUGGGUAUGCAGCUGCUGAUGAAGUUCAACCGCUACCUGGGCGAGUACCUGGAGCACGAGCAGGAGGCGCUGCAGGCGGAGGCACAGGGGCAGGACGCGCCGCCGCCGCCGCCCCUCCCGGACCUUCAGCCCGCGCUGGACCGCGGCCUUGCCGCCGCCGCGCGCGAGGUGGCCGUGGGCACCGUCCGCCGCAUCUACGAGCGCAUCGCGCUUGCCCGUCUAGGCUACCCGCGCGCCGCCGCCCUGCUCCGCGACUCCAGGCAUUGGAUCCGCGACGUUCUGGCGCCGCAGCUGGCGGCGCAGAAGGCGAGCCUGGGCAAGCGCUUUGUGAAGUACCAGUUCGCCACGCUGCACGCCAGCGGGUUGUUCUGGGCGGCCGACUGCACGGUGGCGGUGGCGCAGCACGUGGCGCGGGUGGCGGCGCGGCACGACCUGGCGCCCGCCAAGAAGGCGGCGCUGCUGGCGCGCGGCGUGUCGCUGCAGGUGGUGCGUGCGGCUGUGGUGCUGGCGGCGGUGUCGGUGGGCGCGGCGGCGGGCAGCCUGGUGCGCCCCGGCCUGGGCACCACGCUGGGCCAGCUGCUGCCGGAGGUGGGCAUGUCCAUCGUCAUGGCAUACGUGGUGGAGGCGCUGCUGGACAUGCCGCCCGAGCCCACGCCGGAGCCGGCGGCGGCCUAGGCGGGGCGCGGGGGCAGGUGGUGUGGGCGGAUGGGCGUGGUGGGGGUGGUGGGCGUGGUGGGGUUGGUGGGGGGGUGGUGUGGGGGUGUGGUGUGGGUGGUGCAGGGGCAGGCGGUACGGGAGCAGGCUGGCGUGGAAGCAGGCGGUGUGGAGGCACGCGGCGUGGGAGCAGGCGGUGUGGAAGCACGCGGCGUGGGAUCGGGCCGGCGCAGGGGCGGGUUGGUGCGGUGGCAGGCGGCUGGUGGAUGUGCGGAUGGGGCUGUGCAGGCGGCGCCGCGGAGGCCGGAGGCGGGGGGCCGGAGGCGGGGGGCAAGGCACGCAGCGAGGGAGGGGGCCUUCGUGCCUUGGCAGGGCAGUGGGCGGGUGGGGCGCCGGCGCGGGGCUGCCAGUGGCGCAAUGCCCUCCCUGGCGGAGCGCGAACAUGCGGGCAAUCAGGCAUGGACUCGGCGGUUGCUGGGGUGCUGCCGAGCGCAUGUAGGCGGGCGCAUGGGUACAGGAGGCUCGUCGUCACUCUCGGCGCGGCGCAAGGGGCUCGCUUGUGGGAGUCUGUGUGGCGACUGGCAAAGUGGUGGGUCGUGCAACCUGGGCGGUAGCCCCGGGCGGAAGCGUAGGGGGUGGGGUUUAGUUUGUUGCUUGUCAUGAAGGAGUGUAAGAUACAUGCGGGGAUGCCGGAGUCAAAUGACUGGCCAGGGCGGCGCGCGGGUGUGUCUACGCGGCGGGCAGUCACUACCGCCGCCACGCUGCGCUCUGCCGCAGCCAGCAGGGACACCACCAAUGUGAUCGUCUGCGGGCUGCCAUUCGGUCAUCCGGGACUGACGGCAGUGUAAACCU